AUGUCCGACAGAUACCCAAUGAUGAAUAAGCCCAAACCGCCUCACUCCGACCCCUUCAACGAGGAUUACCACCUAGAACUCCUUGAUCUUAUACGCAGUUUCAAAAUCCCCUACAAACCCGCCCCCGACCACAUCCGCCAUGCAGCCCCCGAAUUCCUCAGCCGCCCCAUCAAUCUCCUCGAACUCCCUCCCACCCUGUCACCACCCUCCCCACCACCAGGUGAAAUGUGCCUCCUAUGCCACUACGUCCAUCCUGCUGCGACCGAUCUGGACUGGCCGUCCCCGGGAAGUGGGCCCAUCAACUUGACCCUCUGGCCUUGUGAGAAUUGGUAUGGUCUUGGUGGCGAUGAUGAGGGUGUUUAUCUUGGUGGGAUUGAUGAUGUUGAUGAUGGUAAUGAUGGCGGAGGUAAAGGUGGAGGUGGGGAUGGAGAUGGCGAUGUGAACAUGGGAGGGACUCCAAUCCAGGAGGCUUCUCGAGGCCUGAAAGGGACAGUUGCCAGGCAGAACGCUCCGGUUCAGUCUGGUGAGGAGAGGGAAUCUAGUGACGUCGCAGCGAAAUUAUCGACUCGAGGGAGGAAGAGGAAGAGCGGCGGGAGCAAUGCCUCAGAGGGGGAGUGGGCGAGUGGAAGACAGAUGAAGAAGGGGGUCAUUGUUUCGGGAAUAGGUGAUCUGGGAAUACCAGUUGGACCACUAUUUCCUAAAGGAAGAAAUGCUCUCGGCAGUCUCGGGGAGAAUGACGAAAAGACGCAAAUCGACAUUGAUGCCGAAAUCGCCCAAGCGCUGGAGGUUGAAGGAGACAACACCAAUCUUCCUUGUCUAACUCAUGAGAGUGAAGAAUCGCAUCCCGAAGACGACCAAAGUCAGCAUCACGGAAGGGAGCAGCAGGCAAAGACGGAGGUGAGCGCAGAUGCGGAUUCACCGCUUGACGAACGUACUCUUCAACUGCUCGCCGGACUCGAACAACAUAAUGUCGACUCCGAUGAUGUUAUCAGUUAUCUAGAUGAUUCAGACGCAGAAGAGGAAAACUUUGACGACGGCGACAAUGACGAAGAUGACCACGAGCAGGAGUCCGCCGAUUUCGAUUCUUCUGAUGAUGAUAAUGACAACAAGGACAGUGGUGAUUUAUACGAGAACAUUGACCUACCUUAUACAAGCGACAACAAACGACGAAUCUUAUACAGAAACCUACCGAUCUACGAAUACGUUAUAUACGGCGAGAAAAGCGAUCGGGAGAAGACUGUUAUUCUCGGCAAAAAGGACGUAUCAAGUUAUACUGCUUACGGCUACAUAACAAAACCGAAACAUAAGAAACCUUAA